AUGGCCUCUGGAGGGGGUUCCAAUGAUGGAUGGUGGAGCGACGAGGAGUGGCGAAAAUGGCGUCAGGAUAAUAAGUGGGCCUCUGCUAGCGGAAAGCAGGGAGCGGAUGCGGACAAGAAGCUUUCGCUGAAGCAAGAGAGAAUCAAGGAAAAGGACAACUUCGUCCAGAAGCAGCUCGCAGAUGCAGCAGCGCUGCUGCAAAGGUCAGGUGGCCAGUCUUCGUCCUCGUCCAGUUCCAGUGGUGCUCUGAAGUUUGAGAUGCCGUCGGAGUGGUCGGUGACUAUAUUCAAUGCAGACGAGAGAGACAGGAACGAGAAAAAGAAGCAGCAGUCCUUCGCAGACCUCGGACGGUUAUGCAACAAUCGUCUGAAAAGCAUGUACCAAUGCUGGCAAUCCGAAGCUACCGCUUUGAGGCUUCAAGGAGGCCUGGGCCACCAGGCAGCGGUGACUCUUCUGAGUCAAGAGAAGCUGGACACUCGGCAGAAGACGGACGAGCAGGAGGCCAAGAUAGAGGCCCUGGAGUCCGAGCUGAGGAAGCUUCGCAACGAGAUGAAGGAGAAGGACAUGAAGCUUCUGGCCACCGAGAAGGUGAAGGACAAUCACAAAAAGGAAUGUGAUGAUAAGGUCAGUGCUAUGUCCAAGGAGUGUGCGCAGAAGCUUGUGGCCAUGGAGAAGGACUGCGAGAAUCACACGAAGGAGUGUGACGAGAAGCUUCUGGCCAUGGAGAAGCAGAAAGAGAGUCACACGAAGGAGUGUGACGAGAAGCUCAGAGAGAACUCCGAGGAUUGGCAGUUGAAGCUGGACUUGAGUGUCGCGGAAGGCGACAAAAGGCUUCGGGACUUGGAGACGAAGCAUGCUGCCAUGAGACUACGGGCGGCGCAUACCUUCGGAAAGUGGAAAGAGCGCUGCUCCAAUCUGGAGAGGCGACUGAUGAGGAAGAAGGAGCUUCUCAAAAGCAGCAAGCUGGAAGUUGAGCUUGCGAAGGACAGACAGAAACUUCAAAGCUGA